AUGCUUGGUCCAGCUCCUCGCCGCGGCGGGACAAGGCGGAUGCUGCUCCUCACCCUCGCAGCCCUCCUCUCAACUCUCCUCCUCCUCCCCGCACUAUCCGCAGCAGCAGAUCCAGGCGUAACAAUAACGCGCUUCGCCCACCUCCCCUCCAAGAUCGCCUACUUUGACGAUAGCCCCGUUGCGCUCUACCACGAUGCCACCGCGGGCAUCGUCUACCGUUCCGAGGACGAGGGCAAAUCGUGGUCGCCCAUCUCGACCUCCUCUGGUAAAGCAGCCAUGCUUGUCCCACAUCCAUACGACAAAAAGCAAGCCUUCAUCCUCUCCCGCGAGACCACGCACUGGCGUUCGAUAGACCGCGGCAAGACGUGGCAGGAGUUCCUCACCCCCGAACCGCCCGCCACGCGCGCCGGCCCACCGAUGGAGUUCCAUGCCGACGAAAAGCACUGGGACCACAUCAUCUUUACGGGCAAGAAAUGCUCCCUCUGGACUCCCUGGGGAGGGCGCAUCUGCCACGACGAGACGUACUAUACGACAAAUGCGUUUGCGACGAAUCCGGCGAAGCUGUUGGAGUUCGUGAUGCACUGCAACUGGGCCAAGUCGAGCAAGGAGAUGGAGACCAAGCCCGAGGCGAUGCAGCGCAUCUUUUGCAUCGCAUGGGAGGAUGGGCAGGAGCAGAGAAGGGCUGCGGGUGGCCAUGGAGGCGCGACACGGCUGUUUCAGUCGGACGACUUUUUCAAGACGCGCAAGAUGGUUGAGUUGGACAUGGGGAGAAAUGCGAAGCAGUUUGCUGGGUUGGGUCCGAGCAAAAGGUUCUUGGUGACGGCGUUGAGGGAUUCGCAGGGCAGCUCGACCAACGCCGGGACCGAGAUGGCGCUGUUCGUGACGCGAGACGGGGACAAGUGGGAGAAGGCCAAGUUCCCGCAUGGGAGCGAGCUCAGGGAGAACGCGUAUACCGUGGUGGACAGCACCUCGCAUAGCAUCAUGGUCGACGUGGUGGAUUCGGUCUACGACAACACAGGCGUGCUGUUCACGAGCGAUAGCACGGGCACGCAAUUCGUCGAGUCGCUGCGUGGCACCCGCCGAACACCGCAGGGGCUCGUCGACUUCGAGCACUUGGUCCAGAUCGACGGCGUGGGCAUCGCCAAUGUCAUGUCGGAAGGCGAAGGCGAUGUGCGUUCGGUCAUCACCUUCGAUGACGGCAGCACGUGGCACACGUUGACCCCACCGGCGACGGAUGACCAGGGCAAAAGCAUCUGCGACCCCGCCGACACGAAAAACUGCGCCCUCCAUCUGUGGUCCGUUUCCGGCAAGACCAAUGUCGGCAAGCUCUUCUCGUCCAUCGCGCCCGGAUUUGUCAUGGGCGUGGGCACCGUGGGCAAAGGGCUCAAGGACUACGACGAGUGCGACACGUUCCUCAGCACCGACGCCGGGCGGACGUGGAAGAUGGUCAGCCGCGAUGCGCACAAGUACGAGUUCGGUGACCAGGGCGAUGUGCUCGUCAUGGUGGAUGACGAGGAUGUGACGGACCACGUCUCGUACUCGACCGACUUUGGCAAGAGCUGGAAGAAGCUAAACCUGGGCGUCAAGAUGAGGGCCAAGGUGCUGACGACGAUUCCGGAUAGCACGUCGUUGAAGUUCCUGCUGGUUGGCAGUCAGUCGCGAGGUGAGGCAAGCGGGAAAGAGCGCAACGUGGCGAUCUUUUUGGACUUCGCAGAGAUGAAGAAGAAGAAGUGCGGGGAAGGGGAUAUGGAGAAGUGGUACGUGCAGGCGAAGGAGGAGGGAAGCUGUUUGAUGGGCCACAAGCAGUGGUACAAGCGCCGAAAGCCGGAUGCGGACUGUUUCAUCAUGGACAAGUUCAACGAUCCCGUCGGCAAAGAGGACCCGUGUCCUUGCACCGAUGCCGACUACGAAUGUGACUUCGGCUUCACCCGGGACACGAAGGGCAACUGCGUGGCGACGGGCAACGAGCAUAUCCCUGCAGGCGCCUGCACUAAGCCAGAUGACACCUACUUGGGAUCGUCCGGAUUCCGCAAGGUGCCUGGCAACACGUGCGACCCCGCGAAAGGCGUCCGCAAGGACGAAAAGACGCGCAAGUCGUGCAGCGGCAAGAACGCGCCCGAGGUCGGACAGGUGCUGCACAAGUCGAUCACCUUCCCCUCGAUGGUCGUCGACAAGGUGUACUUCCCCGAGUCAUCAAGCGUCCUUCUCCAGCUUGCGGACGGCACGGUCUUCCACUCUCUAAACGAUGGCUACUCGUGGAAACAGCUGGCUGUGGACGGCGAACCGACGAAUGCUGACGACAGGUUCCUCACCAUGGCGCUGCACGCCUACGAUGGGAAACGUGGAUACCUGGUCACUGCCGGUCAGCGAGUCUACUAUACAACUGACCAAGGUGCCAACUGGAACUGGUUCACUGCGCCGCUCCCCGCCAACGGACUCGGCAUCGGCGUCCUCGACUUCCACCCUGACAAGUCCGACUAUCUCAUCUGGACGGGCAGUCGCGACUGCACCUUUUCCACCGGCAAGGACUGCCAUGCCGAAGCGUGGUUUUCGGACACCAACGGCGCCAAAUGGGAGAAGAUCGACUCGUACGUGCGCACCUGCUCGUGGGCGCGCGACAAGAAGCUCAAGAUGGAUGCGCGCACCAUCUUCUGCGAGAGCUACCAGGACAAGCGGGGCAACCAGCGCGACUUUACCGCUGCCAACAAACUCCAGCUGAUCCGCGGAGACGAUUUCUACCACAAACGCACACGCAUCUUCGAUGCAAUCGUCGGAUUCGCCGUCUUCGAGCAGUAUCUGAUCGUGGCCGAGUACAUUGCAACGACUUCGAGUCCCACCCUCAAGCUGCAGGUGUCGCUGAAUGGGCGCGACUUUGCCGAGAUCCACUUCCCGCCUGGCAUGGAGCUCGGCACCAAGGCGUAUACGGUGCUGGACUCGGUGACGGACGCCAUAUUCUUGCACUUCACCACGCACGGCGAUGCGGGAUCCGAGUGGGGUACGCUGCUGAAGAGCAACUCGAACGGCACCUUCUACGCACAGUCGCUCGACUUUGUCAACCGCAACGAGAAGGGAUUCGUCGACUUUGAAAAGAUGCUUGGCUUGGACGGCGUAGCCAUUGUCAACGUCGUCAGCAAUCCCGACGAUGCCUCGGUUUCGCGGCACAAGGACCUUGUCACUCGCAUCACGCACAACGACGGAGGCCGGUGGAAGUCGAUCGUCCCUCCCAGCAGGGACGUGUACGGCCAGCCGUACGAAUGCAACCAUGUAGGAUGUGACUUGCACCUGCACGGAUUCACCGAGCGCGACGAUCCUAGGGAUACGUACAGCAGCCCGUCUGCGGUCGGCCUGAUGAUGGGCGUGGGCAAUGUUGGACGCAAACUGGCCCCGUAUCGCGAGUCGGAUACAUUCUUGACGCGCGAUGGCGGCUUCACGUGGGAAGAGGUGCAUAAGGAUGCGCACAAAUGGGAAUUCGGCGAUCAGGGCUCCAUCAUUGUGCUGGUCAAUGACGAGCAGGCGACGGAUACGGUGCUCUACUCGCUCAACGAAGGCAUGACCUGGGAGUCGUACUCAUUUGGCGACAAGAUGCGCAUCUCGCAGAUCCUCACCGUGCCCGAGGAUACGCAUCGACGCUUUAUCCUGCUCGGCACGCCCAGCGGGGCGGCCACCAAGUCGGUCGCCAUCUAUCUGGACUUCUCCGGACUCGAAUCGCGCAAGUGCGUGCUCAACGUGGCGCGACCCGAAGUGGACGAUUUCGAGCUGUGGUCGCCGAGCGAGGAGCGCGCCGAGCAGUGUCUCUUUGGUCGACAAACGUCGUACUACCGUCGCAAACGCCGAGCCGACUGCUACGUGGGCGAGAAGAUUGUCCAGCCGCACUCCGUGAGCCGCAACUGUUCCUGCACCGAGGCGGACUUCGAGUGCGAAUUCAACCACUACCGCGAUGCCAGCGGCAAGUGCGUUUUGUACCCGGGCGUGUCGCCUCUGUCGACGGACGAGGCGAGUCAGUGCUGGGCGGCGGAGAGCGACGGAUACUGGUACGAGAGGACCAACGUGCGCAAGAUUCCCUACUCGUCCUGCACAGGCGGCACCCGACCGGAUCGCGGCACACAGCACGUGUGUAGCAACAGCCUCAAGAGUCACGGCUUCUUCUGGUGGGCGACGGUGAUCCUCUGCCCCUUCGGUUUGGCUGGACUGGUGGGCUACUGGUGGGCCAAGAAGCAGUCGAGUGGCGGCGGACUCGGCACGGGUCGCAUCCGUCUGCCCGACAACAGCAACAGGCUGUACGGACCGGACUCGGAGCUGGCACAGAAUCUGGCGUCGGUGCCAAGGUUUGUGCUGGGCGUGGCGAGUGCAGCAUUCGCCCGCUUGCGCGAGGUCGCGUCCGAAAGGAUACCCUUCCUGAGCAACAGGGUGAACCGGUCACGCGGCGCCUACGGAGGAUAUAGACACCUGUCGACGGAUGAAGACGCUGCCAUGCUACCGGAUUUCGAGGAGGACGAACUGGAUCGCUGA